GGGAAGACAUCACUAAUUAUGUCCCUUGUCAGUGAAGAAUUUCCAGAAGAGGUUCCACCACGAGCUGAAGAAAUCACCAUUCCAGCUGAUGUCACCCCUGAAAGAGUGCCAACCCACAUAGUGGAUUAUUCAGAAGCAGAGCAAAGUGAUGAGCAGCUUUACCAUGAAAUAUCACAAGCAAAUGUGAUUUGUAUAGUAUAUGCUGUUAACAACAAGAAUUCUAUUGAUAAGGUAACAAGUCGAUGGAUUCCUCUCAUCAAUGAAAGGACAGACAAAGAUAGCAGACUGCCUCUUAUAUUAGUUGGAAACAAAUCUGAUCUAGUGGAAUAUAGCAGUAUGGAAACUAUCCUUCCCAUUAUGAAUCAAUAUACAGAGAUAGAAACAUGUGUAGAGUGUUCAGCCAAAAACUUGAAGAAUAUAUCUGAGCUAUUUUAUUAUGCACAGAAAGCUGUUCUGCAUCCCACAGGUCCUCUUUACUGCCCAGAGGAGAAAGAGAUGAAACCUGCCUGUAUUAAGGCACUCACUCGCAUUUUUAGAAUUUCCGAUCAGGAUAAUGAUGGUACUCUCAAUGAUGCAGAGCUAAACUUCUUCCAGAGAAUUUGUUUUAAUACACCACUGGCACCCCAGGCUUUGGAAGAUGUAAAGAAUGUAGUCAGGAAAAACCUAAGUGAUGGGGUUGCAGAUAAUGGAUUAACAUUAAAAGGUUUUCUUUUUCUACACACACUUUUCAUCCAGCGAGGAAGGCAUGAAACAACUUGGACUGUUUUACGUCGAUUUGGAUAUGAUGAUGACUUAGAGCUUACGCCAGAGUACUUGUUUCCUCCGCUAAAAAUUCCUCCAGACUGCACAACAGAAUUAAAUCACCAUGCAUAUUUGUUUCUUCAAAGUAUUUUUGAUAAACACGAUUUGGAUCGAGAUUGUGCUUUGUCUCCCGAUGAACUGAAAGAUUUGUUCAAAGUCUUCCCUUACAUGCCGUGGGGGCCUGAUGUGAACAACACUGUCUGUACAAAUGAGAGGGGGUGGAUUACAUACCAGGGGUUCCUCUCUCAGUGGACACUAACCACGUACUUAGAUGUUCAGCGUUGCCUGGAGUACCUGGGUUAUUUAGGCUACUCAAUACUUGCAGAACAAGAAUCUCAAGCGUCAGCAAUUACAGUAACAAGAGAUAAAAAGAUAGACCUCCAGAAAAAACAGACUCAGAGAAAUGUUUUCCGAUGCAAUGUUGUUGGAAUGAAAGGCUGUGGGAAAAGUGGAGUUCUUCAGGCUCUUCUUGGAAGAAAUCUAAUGAGACAGAGGCAAAUACGAGCGGAACACAAAUCUUACUAUGCCAUUAACACAGUGUAUGUAUACGGACAGGAAAAAUACUUGCUGUUACAUGAUGUCAGUGAUGCUGAUUUUUUAACUGAUGCUGAGACCAUAUGUGAUGUUGUCUGCCUGGUAUACGAUGUCAGUAACCCCAAGUCCUUUGAGUACUGUGCCAGGAUUUUUAAGCAGCACUUCAUGGAUAGCAGAAUACCAUGCUUAGUGGUAGCUGCAAAGUCUGACUUGCAUGAAGUUAGACAGGAAUACGGUAUUUCUUUUGAAUUCUGCAAAAAACACAAAAUGCCUCCACCUCAAGCCUUUACUUGUAAUACGGCUGAUGUGCCGAGUAAGGAUAUCUUUGUUAAACUGACAACUAUGGCCAUGUAUCCCCAUGCCCGGUUACGCUGUAUGUGCGCCUGCAACAGGUGUACAUUUUGCAUCUGUCAGAACUUCCUCAACUCAGACUUGCUGCAAUCUGUAAAGAACAAACUCUUCACUGCAGUUCUUAACAGGCAUGUGACACAAGCGGACCUCAAGAGCUCUACGUUUUGGCUCCGAGCAAGUUUUGGUGCUACUGUCUUUGCAGUUCUGGGUUUUGCUAUGUACAAAGCAUUAUUAAAGCAACGAUGAUCUGAGAGAAGCAGCACAUCUGACCCUACCAAAUGAAAAAAACCCCACUUUUAUGUACAUUCUGAAUGCUUUAAAUUCUGCUAGAAAUAUUUAUAUAUGCAGAGUUACUUUAUUAAUAUUUGUAAUUCAUGCAUAAGUUUAUUUUAAACUAUAGCUCUGAAUACAGUAUUGCAUAUAAUGUUGGGAAAAAAAAAAAUUGCAUCUUACCAGCCAGCUAACAUGGCUUAACUUGUGAGGCCAAAAGGGAAUUUGUUGUAAAUAACCUGUACAUAUUAAAGCCAUAAGACAUUGCUUCCCAGAAAGCUCUUCAAAAUACUGUUCCUGGAUGUUUCACCAUGGUGACAUACUAGUGUAUCGUCAAGAUUCAUUCUCGGUAGAGUAGGUUCAACUCAAGGAUCAUACUUC